GGACCGGAGUCGGGUUGAAACGGACCGGAGUCGGGUUGAAACGGACCGGAGUCGGGCUAAAGCGGACCGGAGUUGGGCUAAAGCGGACCGGAGUCGGGUUGAAACGGACCGGAGUCGGGUUGAAACGGACCGGAGUCGGGUUGAAACGGACCGGAGUCGGGUUGAAACGGACCGGAGUCGGGCUAAAGCGGACCGUAGUCUGCUUUCAGGCCUUUUGAAGAUCAGUGAUCCACCAGAAAACUGCAGUCGGUGGAAUGAAGCUCAGUUCUUUCUGACUUCAAAGUUUUCUGCAAAGAUUAAAUAUAGAUUAAGAUUAAAUGUAUAAUAAUUUAAAGUAUUUCGUGACCCAGUAAAUCGGCUCCGAUUUCUCUAAUUACGUUUCCAACUCAGCAACUUUCCUGCUGUACUUAGCAACAUUUAGCAAUAAAUCAAUCAGUAUUGGCCAAAAUCAAAAUUGGUGAUCAAUAGUCGGCCAGAAACCUCAUUGGUUGCUCCAACGAUAUGAAAUAAUGUGAUGCUGUUAUUGGAUCCACUGGGUUUAGUCAUGUUUGGACAACGUGAUGCUGAUUCACAGACAGAACAUCAGGGCGAGGUUCUGAGGCCGGGUUCGGUGGGGCCGGCCCGUUUCUUCCUCCAAGCAUCGGCACUAGAAAGCCUCACCCGGAGGAAAACAUGGUGGAAGGACGACCACUUUCCACACAGAAAACUCCCGUGUUGCGAAAACUGAGAAAGUUUUCUGUGAGUCUGCAGAAGCAGGUCAGGGAAAAACCCCGAGCCGCUCGGGCUUCUCCUCUCUGAGGCUCCAUUUCAUCUUCCUUUGUCUGAUUCAGUUUGUUUCCAUCAGUUCAACAUCGUUUAGCUGCUAUUGGUCAUUAUAGCAGCUUUAGUGGGUUUUUAGGGGCAGAAUUCAAAAAGGUCAAAGUGUUGGGAUCAUGUUUACAUCAUUUGGUCAUAAAUUAUUGUUGAGCCGACCGCGGAGCGUAGACUGCUUUAAAAAUCAGUCCCAUCAUUUUGAAAGGCUAAUGAAUGAUUCAUAAACAUGAAAAUAAAGGACAUUAUGUCUGUAUUUCAGUAGGUUUUAGUUUUGUGAACAUUCGUUACGGGUCCAGUUAGUUUGUCCUCAUUAUUACCGUUUUAUUUACCGAAGAUGUUUUCCUCAGCCUCGUUUAACGGUAAUAACCUGGGUGUCAUUCCUGCGAGCGUUCGGCUCGGCUUGGCAGCGAACCAGAACCUUUACCCAUCUGAAGUGACCCGGAGCGGCCCACUCAGAGGUCAGACUGUCCUCCCACGCAGCCGCAGCGGUGAGCUCAGCGCUGCGUUACGACUCCGCUCCAGGUUUUCCCCUCGGUUCGUUGCUCAGUGAAAGCUUUGAGCCGUUGAUGUUGACAAGAGGAAGUGUUGAGCGAACUGGUUGGGACACCUGCCCGCCUGCCUUUGAGCAACUCGACGCCAGACGCACUCGACACAACUUCCCCUCGCCAUUCCAGCGAAUAGAAGAAAGGCAGCCGGGUUUUCAGAACCUCCUCUUCCUCCCGUAUCAAACCGCAGCGCUUAAUGACAGAGCGCGUUUGGAGAAGCAUGAAAGCGCUGCGGGUUCUCCUUUUCUUCGCAGCGUGUGCAUGACCGGCCGUCUUGUGAGCGGAUGGGAAAUGUCAGGCCAGAAACGAGCCAAAAACAGCACAAUGCCUGCAUCACAUGAGGAGCCAUAAAGUUUUAAUUCAGCUUUUUUUUAUUCUUCCUCCACAGAGUCUGAAUCUGUUUGAGGAGCCGAAGACAAUCGGAUCAUGACGACAGAGAGGAGCAACAAAGCCCUGAAGGUGAAGCAGGAGUGCGGGGAGAACGUUCCCUUCCUGUCGGACAGCGAGCUGAUGUCGCUCUCCGUGCGGGAGCUGAACCUCCACCUGCGGGGCCUCUCCCGCGAGGAGAUCCAGAAGCUGAAGCAGCGCCGGCGGACGCUGAAGAACCGCGGCUACGCGGCCAGCUGCCGCGUCAAGCGCGUCUCCCAGCGGGAGGCGCUGGAGCAGCAGAAGAUGGAGCUGCAGAGGGAGGUGGAGCGGCUCGGCGCCGAGAACGCCGGCAUGCGGAAGGAGCUGGAGGGGCUGGGCGCGCGGCUGGCCGCCCUGCAGCGGUUCGCCCGCGGCCUGGAGGCCGGCGGCGGCACGCUGCUGGCCACGGCGCCGCGCCUCAACACCGCCUCCGUCAUCACCAUCGUCAAGAGUCCGCAGCAGCCGCAGCAACAGAGAGAGCAGGAGCCGUCCUAGGGGAACCGGAACCGGAACCAGAACCAGAACCAGGGGGACGGGAGGGGGGCGGGGUCAGGUGGUCUGCAAUGCAAACACACACAGAGGCGUGGAAAUUCAGAACAAACACAGGAUGCACAGACUGGAUCAGUAGGAAAAUACUAAACAUGCUGUCUGCACCUUUUUCACGUUAAGCGGAAGUGAUUUACCUCAGUGCAGUAAAGUGUGCGUCGUUGCCUAGCAACAGCAGCUUAGCUUUUCUACCCAGGAGCAGAAAGUCACCUGUCCUCUCUCCACACACACAGACUCACCUGCUCCACCUGAACCGGACCGACCCAGAGUUACUGUACCGCAUUACUGCAGACAGGAAGUGGGCGGUUCCUCAGCGCAAACUCUGAUUGGCUCGUUCCAGCAGCGGAAACUGUUGAUCCAAUACCAAGUAGAUAAAAGGCCAAGAUACCGAUACUUUUUAUUACCAUCAAACUUCUGACCUUCAGCUGUUUUUGUGGGUUUUUUAUGUCAUUAAAGGUCAAGACAGAAUUUGGACAAAAUUUUAAUUUGUCUACAAAAACUUUAAUAUAUUAUUAAGAACAGAAACAGUAGAAAACAAAAUAACUUUGUGCUUUUUCUCCAAAACAAAGUGCAAAAUAUUAUAAUUUGAAAAUAAAUCAAAACAAAAUUUUGAGUUAGAUUUGAGAAACUACAAAACGUUUCAAGAGGGAAUUUGAAACUAAAGUAUGAAUAUUAUUGAUAUUUUGGAUCGAUCUGCUCACCUCUGACACAAAUCAUCCAUCUGACUGCUUUACCGGUUUAAAUAAUUAAUUUUUUAUUUCUGUUUCACAUUAUUUCAGAAAUCAAAACGGAUUUUGUUUGUGUCACAGCAGCCUGUCGACAUUUAGGCCUCCCUACUUAAAAAGCACUGCCCAUAUUUAUUUAGAUAUCUUGAAGCUCUUAUUUUGAAAUUAAACCGGAACACUUAAGUCCAAUCACAGAGAAGUAAGCUAGCGAUAGCUUAGCUAAAGUUAAAAAGAACGUGAAAUGACAUUUUGAUUUCUUCCGAUCAGGUGUGUUUUUUUGGAAACGCCUACUUCCUGUCUGGAGUUCUGGGUUCUGUCAUAUUCUGAUCCCUCCGUCCAGAUUAGCAUGGAUAUUAGCCUAGCAUAGCAGUGGCUGCUAGCUGCCCGGGUCUCAAAGGUUAAAGACGUCACUGGGUCUCCUUCCCCCGCUGCUCUCCUCCAUCAUGGCCGUCAUCAACGCAGUGCCUUCGGUUCACGCAGAACCCAAACAAAGAAAAGCAGAAGCUAACCACUCCUCCUUUCCUGUUUCAGAGCCGCGGCACUUUCUGAAUGACUGCUGUGGAUUUUCUAGGUUUUCAGGCCUAUAACACACACACACACACACACACACACACACACACACACACACACACACACACACACACACACCAGUCAUUUCAUAAAGCGCAGUAACUUGGGUUCAGUCGGCUUCAGUUUCUUUCUCCAGGCUUCAGACCCGCGUCGCUCCUGCUCGCCUCAAUGCAAAUCCUCUGAAACAUUCCAGUUUUGUGUUAUUUGUAACGUCCGUAUGUGCUGCAGAGACGAAAAUGUUGAGUGACAUUUUUAAGAGAUAUAUAUAUAUAUUCUAUAUUUUAUUUGUAUUUAAAGGUAGAUAUUCCGAAAAGACAAGCUAACGAGUGCUGUGAUGUUCUACAUGUUUUCAAAAGUACUUACGACUAGUCUGAGAAGAUUCUCACGUCUAAUUAUUAUUACCGUGUUGUGUGGCGACAAAGAUGACAAAAUGUUGAUGAUUAGCUGCGUAGAAAUACUCGAAGCCAACGGCCAUGUUGAUGUAUGAUUAUUUUUUUCUGUGUGCGUUUGUGUUUUGUUGCCAUAUUUGUACCAGCUCGUCGCAGCAGAUUCCAGGGAGGGACAUUUAUUUUUCUACGAUGACGUUUGUUUUAAAAAAAGAAGAAGAAGAAGAAAAACGGGGAGACGGAAAGCUAAAGAAAGAUGGCGGAAGAGAUGGAAACAGAAAGUGGAGGCUGGAAGAGAAAGAAAGUGCAGAGAGGACGGCUGGUCGACUUGAAGAAACGGAGACGUGUUUAGGCCACUGAAUAUUCAUAGCAAUAGGUAGGAGCUGUAACAGCAGCCAUGCUGCAGAGCGAGACGUUUAGCUGAGUUUGAGCAUUUAUCCCCCACAUCUUAACGUUCUUCCAAUCGUGCUGGAUGUUUUGUAAUACCUGCAAAACAAAAAUGGUAUUUGUAUUUAUUACCUGUAUUUUUUCUAUUGUGAAAAUUUAAGUACAUUGUCUAUUUUAUAUAUUAAUUAUAAUAAAUGUUGUACAUAUUGUACAUAAAACA